GUGGUGGUGCUAUCAGUUCAUUCACCGCUCUGCCGACGAACCCGCUAUGUCAUAAAGAAUGAUUGAAAAAUUAGGUAGUAGCUGUACAAGCAGUGUGAGCACUGCUUCUAGCGAUGUUCACAUUUGCGGACGCUGUCAGGCUCGGUUCUUCGACAUCGAGACCUUCUUGGAACAUAAACAGAAAGAGAAAGAGUCAUCGUUUGAGUCAAAUGCCCACCCCGAAGGGUCCACAGCCGCUUUAGUUCAUGCCUAUCUCGACGGAAAGCACAGCAGUACAACUUGCCCGACGUCGCCCACCGAAACUCUCCCGGAACAGUGUGCGAGCACAUUCGGCAGGAAUGAAGAAAUGUUCACCAACAGCAGCAGCGUUCAAACGUUUCUGUGCAACAUGCUGCCAGAGAGUCCAUCCUCUGCCCAUAGUUCUCUAUGGGAGCCGUCAGCAACCACGUUUGAUGCUGCUGAUGCGCUGCUCUACUCUCAAGCUACGGUGGAGGAUGUCGGGACGCAGGAUAAGACUGUCCACACUCUGACACCUGUCAAUCCAAGCAGCGAAUCGUGUUUAAGUACAGGUCCUGCUGUUCUUCCCGUUCGUGCUCCCAUAGUUCCUGCUUCUGCUGAGUCAUCUACUUCUGCACCACCUGCAGUCACUUCCACUAAUGAACAACCUGGAAAGAAAAGAAGAAAAAGAACUGGACAGCAAGACCUACAGCAACUGCUUUGCUGUUCAGUGCAAGGCUGCUCAUUCCGCACCCCUUCAACGAGAGACCUGACUAGGCACAGCCGAACCCACACUGGGGAGCGCCCCUUUGCCUGUGACCAUUGCGACAUGCGGUUCAGCCGGCGGGAUAAACUCCACAGCCAUAGACGUAUGCACACGGGCGAGAAACCUUUCUCCUGUGACCAGUGUGACUACACUGCUUCUGAGAGGGGAAGCCUUAAGAUACACAAGCGCAUCCACACAAAUGAACGCCCCUUCAAGUGCCAGCUGUGUAGUUUUGCUGGACGCAUCAGCAGCCAGCUUGUCGUGCAUUUACGGACCCACACAGGGGAUGCUCCAUUUGCCUGUACCCACUGUCCCGCAAAAUUCAAGAGCAGUACAGACUUCAAGAGGCACCAGCGUCUCCACACGGGUGAAAAGCCUUACGCCUGCACACACUGUUCUUACAGGACAGCCGUGCGAAGCAAUCUAGCAUCCCACUGCCGCCUGAUGCACUCAACGCCGCAGGUGCGCUGCUCAGAGUGCGAUUUCUUGUGCUCGUCGAAACGAGAUUUGCAGUUGCACACGUUGUCGCACAAAGGGGGACCCCUACGCUGCAAUCUGUGCUCUUACUCGUGCAAUCGCAAGGGAGCACUCAUUAGUCAUCAACGGACCCAUGCGCCAGAACGGAAUUUCAAGUGCAACCUGUGCCCGUAUAGUGCAAAGCACACCAGCAACCUGAGGAGUCACAUGCGGUCAAAGCAUUCGAAUCAAGAGGCACCAUCUGAUCCCGACCCCCAAUCAGGUGUACGGAACACUUCUUCAAGUGGUCCACGGGCAAGCUGUAAAGCCACAUUCAAAUGUACAAUGUGCCCGUCCACUUUUGUACGUGAAGACUCUCUGCAUUCCCAUCUGAGACAACACCGUAUGAACCAAAACUCUGAGCCAGCUGCCCAAGCUAUGCUGCUAUUGGGGGAUACGCAGGACGGCGGAAGAUCAAAUAUCUGCACUCAGACACAGAUGCCUUCUCAGUCACCACCUAGUGUGCCACCAUCCACUCAGACACCACCAUUAUACAUACAGGCACCAGCGACUUCUCAGUCAUCAUCCUCUGUUCAGGCACUACCGUAUACUAUACAAGCGAACCAGACUCAAGGAUACGAGAGACUGCCAUCUUCAGUGAUGACGACAUCAACAUCAUCAGUGCCUACGUUUACGUCUCUGCACGGUGCAGGGGCAUCACUGCGUGAUCAGAAAGGCGCUGAAGUUGUCAUGGGUCAAGAUUGUACAGGUAGUCCUUCCCUAGUUGGGCUUGCGAGCUCAACUGUAGUCAUCGGUGAGGCACCACAACCUAUCAUGUACCAACUGCCCACAGUGCCGCAAGAUGUUCAGUUACAGACAGAGACUCGAAAUGAUGUGGCGCCAGCUUUUGUUCAGGUGUUGGGAACCCAGGGCUCUUUGGAGCCACUGCAGCUUCAGCUGCUCUCUGACAAGCAGCUGUUAUUUCUGACUCCUACAUCUGAUUCCUGCUGUAUCCUUCAAGACAGUGUAGCACAGUGUCUGUCUCACCAAGUGCCCACACAGACUUCACAGCACAUCAUUGAGCAGGGCGCUUCCAGUGUUAGUAGUAUGGUACUGUGAUAGUUUCAGUAUAUUGCAACAUUGAAUCUCGCUUUGAAUGCCUAGCCACCCCCACCAAAUCUUUACCAUUUAUUUCUGGCUGUUUGUGCCUCUUGCUCAAUGAGCAACAUAGCAUGAUGUGCUACACUUCGUCCUUAGCAUAAAAUGUUUUGCAAUCUCAAUAGCAGUGUCAAUAGUUUUGGCUCUGUGCCUAUCUUGCAUCAUCUUUGUGUAAUUUGAGUUUCUGCCAAAAUUGAAAUUGAACAUUCUGCAGUGCUACCUAAGAAACAAAACUUUAGUCCUUCAGUUGAAAGAUCAACGGCCAGGUAGGUGGAUGGCAUAAUGUGUAACUAAAUAAAUGUGUCACACUGAUAAGUGGCUUGUUAUCACUACUAAAUUGUAGUCACUGCAUAGUGUCACCAAGUGUGUCCAAUGAGAUCAUAAUGGUAGCACAAUAUCACCAUGGUAGCGCACCACUUCCAUGCUAUAACAUACCGUGAAUGACACACUCGUAUCGUCGAUUAAUCCUUUCGGUUGUAGGAUCAUGGAAACUUGCCCUGUGAAAAGCAACUGCUGUAAUUUCUCGCAUAUAAUACGCAUAUGAAUUUGGACUCCGGGCCCCUCCUGCAUGCUAUACAGUGCAUGUUAUACAUGGCACUUCCUGUCACGGCAGCAUUGACUCACAGUUGUCAAACGUUUUCUUGUCACGUAAAAUCACUAAUUAUUAGGGGUGUGCGAAUCUGAAUAUUUUAAGUCGAAUCGAAUAUCAAAUCGAAUGGGGGGAAAAAUUCAGAAUACCGAAUUGAAUAUCGAAUAUUCAUGCAAAAUUUACAAUGUGUAACUUUCGCACUAAAAGUUUCCAUUUUGUGGCCCAUGGCUUUAGUGUAAUUUUUCUGGCAUUAACUGUCACAAGAGAAACAUGCAAUUCUUCUGUUUAAAGUCCCUACGCUUUAAUUUUACAUCAGAGUGCUUCUUGCUUUUCAGGUGAGCCUACACUUAC